AUGAACGAUCACGACUGGACAGAGGCUUUGGACCAUGAACCGAACAGUCGACCACUUACCGACAACGAAGUAAUCACUGAAAUCUUGCAGAGACUCCAAGAUCUCGAUAGCACGCCGACAUCCGCCCAGGCGGACCUCCAAGCGCGUCUGUCGAUAGCUCGCAGUCUAAUAAGACGUAUUGACUCCCUAUCUCUCCUGUCAUCUCCAGAACGGUUCGAAAGCCAACUGCAGAUCGUGUCCGGACUACAAAAUUUGGCGUACUACGACACUGCUCAAGGUGGUGUCGAGGAUAUUGCUUCAUGGUGCCUGAGAGCCUAUCUGCAACUUAUGGCACAGGGCCAUGAAGACUCGGCCGAGGUGCUUGCAGGCAUAGGUCGGGGCUGGCUGCUUCGCGUGCAGGCAACAUUAGCACGGAUCCACCGCUACGACGGAAGUUCCUCCAGCGGCACAUCAAGCGACCGCCCCAGCUCGAUGGCAAAUUCCACUGAACGUGUGGGAUCAUUUACAGCCUCAGAAGACGCCCGCGAAUUUGCCCGUCAAACGAUCGAGGCAAAUGCUCGAGCAGGAGGUGCGGACUAUGUUGAAGCUAGAGGAAUGCUGUUGCCUGCAACAGAGUACCUGCAGAGAUCCGUGGAAGCGGCGGAACGAAACGGGACUCUAGAAGGUUCUCUGCUGAGUCUCGCGGCAGAAGCCUUUCUGUCAAUGGGGAAUGUGUCGUAUUCCCACCAUAGCGAGCAGUACUUCCAGAUGGCAGUGCGGUACCUCCAGAUGGCGCAUCGCAUCCCGGAUUACCGGUUGUCACCCUACUUGCAAAGCUAUUUGGACGAGUUUGGGCGCUUGUUACCCUGA